GUCGUGCUUACGUCGAUUUGAAGCGUCAACGAACACACGAAGAUAACAAUCGCGAAACAAGAAGCUUGUUUUCAAGCAGUGCUAAUGUAAAAUGUGUGAAACAUCUUUCUCGUUGGGUCUCCAGGAGUGCAUGCAGCGUUUGCAGGAGCUCACGGAUUUCACAGAGAGCUGUGAAGCUGAACUGAAGGGUUUGUUUGAGGCACUAGGAUGGAGUCAGAUUCACAUGCAGUUCAGAUGGAAGUGUGUCCUUACGAUCCAAACCACACAGUACCGCGGGACAGGAUGGAGAAACACAAAGCCUCCUGUGAGCUCAUGGAUGAGUGUGUUUGUUUGGUGAAGGCUCAGGUAUUUCUCACCCAGCUGAGGAGAGCUGGGAGCCUGGGAGAUUCUGGUGAGGGACCAGGAGGUCUGUUCAUCUGUCUCAGCACAGGGGGACCAGCAUCGCAUGCAUGCAGGGAGAAUGCUUUGAGGGCCACUGUAGCCCCUCAUUGAAAGAGUGCUGUCUGCGUUCUCACAGACCCCCUGACUGUGCUUAUCCGAGGGCUCAGAGCUCCGUGUCCAUACGGCGCCUGGAAACCUGAGCAGGAGACUUCUGGCCAUGGGAGCCUCCAGGGUAAAGGUGUGGGCUGUGUCACUCAGCUCUGUGUUCCUUCUGUGUGUCCUGCCCUCUCAGGCCCAGCAUGAUUAUUCUGGUUUACAAUCAGGAGAAGAACGCAUGUAUGAAGGCUCCUUAGUUGAUCGAUAUGAUGAACAAUCUGGAUACACUCACAGCGUUGAGAAUCCUGCAAAGUCCGAAGACGAGCACUCAGCAUCUGGCUUUGACACCUAUGUGCCUGCAGCCACUGUGGUCACUAUGAUCACAGAGGAAACUUACCCGUAUGCCAAAGCCGUGGAGUCUUUUGAUUAUGCCAAGGAGGAUAAAACCUUGAUAACACAGGUCCCAUUUGGAGGAGGUGCUGAGCUGGGACUGGAAGGACCCACCGAAUGUGACUGUGAAGCAGGAGAGCCCGGAUUUGGAGGCUUUGCUGGACCCAAGGGUUCUAAGGGUCUUCAAGGCAAACAGGGUUUUCCUGGGGUUCAAGGAAGGGAGGGUUACAAAGGAACCAAAGGAGUGAGAGGAAGAGGAGGAGACACCGGCCCUGAGGGCGAUUCUGGGCCUGAUGGAGAGGAUGGUGCAUCUGGUUUCUCUGGUGCAAUUGGCCUUCCCGGAUUACCAGGGGACCCUGGAGAAACUGGCCAACCUGGAUUAAAGGGUGAUUUCGGAAUAGAAGGCCCGCAUGGAGGAGUGGGUCUCUCUGGAAAGACUGGUCCUGUUGGCCCAAAAGGUAAACCUGGAAAACCAGGCGGUAAAGGUAUUAAGGGAUCCAUUGGAAAAACAGGAGAACAGGGUCCUGAGGGACGACAGGGACAGAAGGGUCAGACAGGAGCACCAGGAUUCUCAGGAGACCAUGGAGAGCAGGGUUACUUGGGUUAUCCAGGAGUUCCAGGAGACCGUGGGGUGAUGGGACCAAAGGGUGCUAAAGGUACAGGUGGCUUGCCAGGGAGUGAUGGGGAUCCGGGAGAGGACGGCCCUCUGGGUGUUCCAGGACUUGUAGGGGUGCCUGGGCCUUUUGGACCUAAGGGUUUGAAAGGUGAUCGUGGUGUGAGGGGGCGACCUGGAAGAGUAGGAACUGUGGGUCCACAAGGAGACAGUGGGGAUGCAGGAGUUCCAGGGAAACCUGGACCAAAAGGCUUGUCUGGGCCAACAGGCGCCAAAGGGGAAACGGGACCAGAUGGUGAAAAUGGGGCAGUAGGACAUAAAGGAAGGAAGGGUGCUAAAGGCGAUAAGGGAGACGCUGGAUCACGUGGUGACAAAGGGCAGCGUGGGGUGAAGGGUCGAUUCGGUCGUGAUGGGCUUCCUGGUCCUAUUGGCCCUCCAGGUCUUCCAGGUCCCAGAGGAGAUGAAGGUCCUAGAGGAGACCAGGGGGUGAAAGGACAGAGUGGGCCGAAAGGAGAGCUAGGUGAAACUGGUCCAGGACUGACAGAUGAGCAGAUAUUGCAGCUGUGUCAAGGUGUGGUCACCACUCAGAUCUCCCAGUAUGCUUCAUCUAUACGUGCCAAAUGUGUACAGGGCUGUCCAAUCAACAACCGUACGCUCAUCGGACCCCCAGGAGUCACAGGACCCCCUGGAAGUCCAGGAAAACCUGGUAAAGCAGGAAAGGCAGGUGCUAAAGGAGAAAGAGGCCCUCAAGGCAUGAAAGGUGUAGAGGGCCAGAAGGGAGUGCCAGGGGACAGAGGUACUAAAGGUCUAAAAGGACAGAGAGGUGAACCUGGAAAAGGUCUACCAGGGCAUGAUGGUCACCAAGGUCUCAGAGGACUGCCAGGCCAUCCAGCAGAGCCAAAAGAUGGAAUUGAUGGGCCGCGAGGACCCCGUGGGUUUCCCGGGCCUGUGGGUCAACCUGGCAUGGCCGGCGAUGCAGGAAUACCUGGCAUUUGCGAGGCACGAGACUGCAGCAUUCAUGCGCCUGUAAUGCGCAAAGAGAUGGGAUUGGUUAAAGGCCCUCUCAGCCAGGCCUGAUAACAGGGACAAAUGUGAGUGACCCAGGACAGAAGAUAAUCUCAAGCAGAGGCCAUGAAAAUAGAAGACAUCACAUACAGACAGACUGGAGCCAAGAACUAGAGAUCAAGUCUCUUCAGAUUUGUUUACCAAUUUGAAGUCCAAAAAUGAAACUAUACAAAUGAAAACUAACGGCACUUUUGGUUUCAUUCAUCAGCAAUGUUUUGGUUUCAUUAUAAAUACAGUACAAUGUAAAUAAUUUUGUAAAGCAUCUUAAAUAUACAUACUGUGUUCUGAAAUAUCAAGCUUUUUUAUUUUUUCUUGAUCCAUCAGACUGAAUUAAAGAAAUUUUUUUGUAAACUUUUA